GUAACUUUGGCAAUCAAUCAAACAAAUCAAUUUUCCAAAUCCCUUCGAUGCAGUGCAUAGUAACAUCAGAUAUGGAGAAACACAUUUUCUUAUUGAUUCUUCUCUUUCUAAUUCAAUAUUACUCUCUUUCUAUAUCAGCUGCUUCCUCAAAUGAAACAGAUCAACAAGCUCUACUAGCUUUCAAAGGUCUUGUUACUAGUCCUAGUCAUUUUUUGGUAAUAAUUGGACUAAGAAUACUUCCUUUUGCUCUUGGUUUGGUGUCACUUGCAGUCCAAAAAGGCAAAGGGUUGUAGCCUUGGCACUUCCCGAUAUGCAACUUCAAGGCACAAUGUCCUCCUCUUUGGCCAAUUUGUCCUUUCUCAGCAUGCUCAAUCUCAAGAACAACAGCCUCCAUGGUGGCAUCCCUUUCGGACUUGGCCACUUGCCUCGCUUACGAAUGAUUGAUGUUAGAAACAAUCAGCUUCAAGGAAGUAUUCCAACAAGUCUAUUUCAACACCGGAGGGUUCAAAUUAUUUCAUUAGCUUUCAAUAAACUCGGUGGUGAAAUGUGGAAAGGGCCCUGGAUUGUACCGGAACUCAGAGUCUUGAAUCUGAGGAACAAUAGCCUCACAGGUAUAAUCCCUCCUUCUGUUGGAAAUGCCACAAAGUUGAUGAACUUCAGUUUGGCUGGGAACAGAAUCAGUGGCAACAUUCCAAAAGAGAUCGGUAAUCUGAGCCAGCUUGAAUUUUUGUCCUUAAAUGAUAAUCAAUUAAUAGGUUCAAUUCCUGCAGUACUGUUCAAUAUUUCGUCGCUUCUUGUCGCAUCUCUGAGAUUCAAUAGCUUUUCUGGUUCUCUCUUGCCUAAUGAAGAGAAUAUUGUGUCAAAUAUAGAGUUUUUAAGUGUAUCUAACAACCAAAUUUCUGGUUGCAUUCCUUCUAACAUAUGCCAACUCACAGAGCUCCACGUUUUGUCCAUAUCUCUCAACAACAUAACUGGAGAGAUACCAAGUAAUAUUGGUUGUUUAUCGAAACUCGAGGUGUUUUAUAUUGGCGAAAAUCCAAUAACAGGGACUAUUCCCGCUUCAUUGGCCAAUAUUUCCACUCGGCAAUAUGUUGACGGUACAGGAAAUCGCUUGGAGGGCCCAAUUCCUCCAGAAUUGGGGAAGCUACCAAAUUUGAGGCAAUUAAGCUUUGGCCAUAAUUCUAAUCUUAUUGGUCAAAUUCCAGAGGCUAUUUUCAAUAUAUCUACUUUGGAAACGAUAGCUGUCUAUUUCAACAACAUUUCAGGGACAUUUCCAGCCCCUACAGGUUUUCAUCUUCCAAACCUUAAACAGCUUCUCUUGGGAGAAAAUCAGCUGGAAGGGGAAAUUCCAUUGUUCAUAACAAAUGCUUCCAAGCUUGAGAUACUCGACCUAUCAAAUAACCUUUUUAAAGGAACUAUUCCUAAUAAUUUGGGAAAUCUUCGUGAGCUACGAUAUCUGUUCCUACAUCAUAAUCAACUUACCAAUGAACCUAGAGACCAUGAGUUGCGAUUCUUCAAUUCUUUGGUGGACUGCAGGAUGUUGCGAUAUCUAGAAGUGGGUAACAAUCCAUUGAAUGGUGUUCUGCCCAAUUCUAUUGGGAAUCUUUCAUAUACUAUCGAAGACUUAUAUAUAUCAGAUGCACAGAUCAAUGGCUUCAUCCCCCCAGUUAUAGGCAACAUGAGCGGUCUAACAGAACUAACCCUUGGAGAAAAUAACUUGACGGGAAAUAUUCCUCCUGAGAUUGGUAAGCUUACAAAACUCCAAGGUCUGUUUCUACCAAACAAUAAAUUGAACGGACAUAUUCCAGAGGCAGUAUGCCAUUUAUCUAAUUUGGUUCAAUUAAAUCUAGGUGAUAAUGAGCUAUUGGGGGCAAUUCCAGCAUGUAUAGGAAAUCUUAGCAUGUUACAACAACUUUAUUUGGGCUAUAAUAGAUUUUCAUCAAAAUUUCCCUUGAGUCUUUGGAAAAUGAGAAGUCUCCUCAUUCUAAGCACAUCACAAAAUUCUAUAGAAGGAGAAGUUCCACAGGAUAUUGGAGGACUGAAGGCCAUUGUAGAACUUUAUCUUUCUGGUAACCACUUUUCGGGCAUGAUACCAAGCAGAUUGGGGGAACUCCAAAACCUGCAGUAUCUUGACCUAUCAAACAAUUCAUUUUUUGGCCAAAUUCCAUUAUCCUUUGCCAACUUGAUAAGCUUGCAAUUCUUGGAUUUGUCUUUAAAUGCUUUGUCAGGUACUAUUCCUAAGUCCAUGGAAAGGCUCUCAUACCUUAAAAGCAUUAAUGUUUCAUUUAAUGAUUUAGAAGGUGAAAUACCCAGUGGUGGUGUGUUUGUGAAUUCCACUCUCCAAUCAUUUCUUGGGAACAAAGGUCUAUGUGGAGUGCACAUAUUGGAGGUUCCUGCUUGCACUAAUCCUGGACUACAAUCAAAGUCUAAGGACCUAGUGCUAAAGGUUGUUAUUCCAGUGGUUAUUUCAUCCUUUCUGAUAUUCUUAUUGGUUUCAGUUUGGAUAGUGAAACGGAAGAAGAAAGGAAAGUCCAAAGAUGUGGAAAGGUUACCAGAUAUCAAGACUCAUCAAUUAGUUUCCUAUUACGAGAUUCAGCAAGCAACAUAUUAUUUUGAUGAAUCAAAUUUAAUUGGUGCCGGAAGUUCUAGUUCUGUGUACAAAGGCACAUUAUCUAGUUGAAUUGUGGUAGCCAUAAAGAUUCUGGAUUUGGAAUAUGAGGAGGUAUGCAAGAGGUUCGAUACUGAAUGUGAAGUGAUGAGAAAUCUUAGGCACAGGAAUCUUGUGCCCGUGAUUACAACUUGUUUUAGUGACUAUAUAAGAGCCUUUGUUCUGCAAUCUAUGUCUAACGGGAGCCUUGAAAAUUGGUUGUACAGAGAAGACUGCCAAUUGAACCUUCUUCAAAGAGUAACUGUAAUGCUUGAUGCGGCUAUGGGAAUUGAAUAUCUACAUCAUGGUCAUAUCACUCCAAUAGUUCAUUGUGACCUAAAGCCAGCCAACAUUCUUUUGGAUGAAGAUAUGGUGGCUCAUGUUGGUGAUUUUGGCAUCUCUAAAAUUUUAGCUCUAAGCAAGUCCAUGGCAUAUACUGAGACAUUGGGAACUCUUGGUUACAUCGCACCAGAAUAUGGCUCGGAGGGAAUAGUGUCCACUAAUGGGGAUGUUUAUAGUUACGGCAUCAUGUUGAUGGAGGUUUUGACCAAAAGAAGGCCAACAGAUGAUGAGAUAUGCAAUGAAAAUCUUGAUUUGAGGAAAUGGAUAACACAAUCAUUUCCAGGGUCGAUGAUGGACAUUCUAGAUGACAAUCUUUUCCCUGAGGAAGAACAAAUUACUUCUAAAAGUGAAAUCUGCAUAGCCUCAAUGAUAGGAUUGGCUUUAGGCUGCACAAAGGAAACGCCAGAAUCAAGAAUAACCAUGAAGGAUAUAGUCAAGAGGCUUAACAAAAUCAAGAACACAUUUCUGGAAAGAUAGAAGUUAGCAUCUCUUUUGGUAGUUUUCUUGACAGUUUGUCCAUUAAUCUGAUCAGUUGUUCCUCU